AUGAAGAAAAGGGCGAACGCAAAUGCAAACGCACCCAAAAAAGAAAGAAAGAAAGAAAGAAAGAAAGAAGAAAGAAAGAAAGAAAGAAAGAAAGAAAGAAAGAAAGAAAGAAAGAAAGAAAGAAAGAAAGAAAGAAAGAAAGAAAGAAAGAAAGAAGAGGAAAUCCCUAAGUACUCUGGGUGA